CGUUGGGUGCCGUCGGGUGCCGGCGGCCAUGAGCUACGAGCAGCGCCGCGACUGGGGCCGGGGUCGGGGCCGCGGCGGCGAUGGCGGCUCGUCUGCCGCGUCCUCCGGCGGCGGGGGGCACGGGGGCCGCGGCGGCGGGCGGGGCCGCCAUCCCAGCCACCUCAAGGGCCGCGAGAUCGGGCUGUGGUACGCGCGGAAGCAGGGCCAGAAGAGCAAGGAGGCGGACCGGCAGCAGCGCGCCGUGGUGCGGAUGGACGAGCGGCGGGAGGAGCAGAUCGUGCAGCUGCUGAAUGCCGUGCAGCCCAGGGCCGAGAAGGAGCAGGAAGCCAUGUCGUGGUGGUCCGGGGACGAGGACGGACAUGCUCCAGAACAGCCUCCAAAAGUGAAACCAGCUGCUGAACAAGCUGAAAAAGCUCCUGUAAAACGGCGGCCAGUCUUGGAGAAAACAUUUCUUGAUCAGGAUGUGGAAUACCUCUUUGAAAAAAGUGAUCAAGAUGUGGAUUUAGAUGAGCAACUUAAAGAAGACUUAAGAAAGAAGAAAUCUGAUCCUAGAUACAUUGAAAUGCAGAGAUUUCGAGAGAAACUCCCUUCGUAUGGGAUGAGACAGGAACUUGUAAACCUCAUAAACAAUAAUCGAGUGACUGUAAUAAGUGGUGAAACCGGCUGUGGAAAGACAACACAAGUGACACAAUUUAUCCUGGAUGAUUACAUAGAGCGAGGGAAAGGCUCCACGUGCAGAAUUGUUUGUACUCAACCCAGGAGGAUCAGUGCUAUCUCAGUGGCUGAGAGAGUUGCAGCUGAAAGGGCAGAAGCAUGUGGUAAUGGCAAGAGUACAGGAUACCAGAUUCGUCUACAGAGUCGGUUACCAAGGAAACAAGGUUCAAUUCUGUACUGUACCACAGGAAUUGUCCUUCAGUGGCUCCAGUCAGAUAAGCAUUUGUCCAGUAUUAGUCACGUAGUUCUUGAUGAAAUUCACGAAAGAAAUCUUCAAUCAGAUGUUUUAAUGAGCAUUAUAAAAGACCUUUUGAAUGUUCGUUUGGAUCUGAAAGUAAUCUUAAUGAGUGCUACUUUAAAUGCAGAGAAGUUCUCAGAGUAUUUUGAUAACUGUCCAAUGAUUCACAUACCUGGGUUCACUUUUCCUGUGGUGGAAUACCUUCUUGAAGAUGUAAUUGAGAAGUUGAGAUAUACUCCAGAAAACACAGACCGUCGGCCACGGUGGAAGAAAGGUUUCAUGCAAGGACAUAUAAGCAGGCCAGAAAAAGAAGAAAAAGAAGAAAUCUACAGGGAACGAUGGCCAGAAUAUUUAAGGCAGCUGCGGGGCAGGUAUUCAGCAAGUACUAUAGAUGCCUUGGAAAUGAUGGAUGAUGACAAGGUUGACCUUGACCUAAUAGCAGCACUUAUCAGGCACAUUGUUUUGGAAGAAGAGGACGGUGCAAUUCUGGUGUUUCUUCCAGGGUGGGACAACAUUAGCUCUCUGCAUGAUCUCUUGAUGUCACAAGUCAUGUUUAAGUCAGAUAGGUUUAUUAUCAUCCCUUUGCAUUCAUUGAUGCCUACAGUUAACCAGACUCAGGUGUUUAAGAAGACCCCGCCGGGAGUCAGGAAAAUUGUGAUUGCUACCAACAUUGCAGAGACCAGCAUUACAAUAGAUGACGUGGUGUUUGUUAUAGAUGGUGGAAAGAUCAAAGAAACCCACUUUGAUACACAGAACAACAUUAGCACAAUGGCUGCAGAGUGGGUUAGCAAAGCUAACGCCAAGCAGAGGAAAGGUCGAGCAGGAAGAGUGCAGCCAGGCCACUGUUACCAUCUGUACAAUGGGCUGCGUGCCAGCCUUCUGGAUGAUUAUCAGUUACCAGAGAUCUUGAGGACACCUUUGGAAGAACUCUGCUUACAAAUCAAGAUUCUAAAGCUUGGUGGAAUUGCUUAUUUUCUGAGUAAACUCAUGGAUCCGCCAUCUCGUGAUGCUGUAAUGCUGGCCAUUAAUCAUCUAAUGGAGCUGAAUGCUUUGGACAAACAAGAGGAGCUGACUCCACUCGGUGUGCAUUUAGCACGAUUACCAGUUGAGCCACAUAUUGGAAAAAUGAUCCUCUUUGGAGCUUUGUUCUGUUGCUUGGAUCCAGUACUUACGAUUGCAGCAAGCCUUAGCUUCAAAGACCCUUUUGUCAUUCCUCUGGGCAAAGAGAAAGUGGCAGAUGCCAGAAGAAAGGAGCUGUCGAAGAAUACUAAAAGUGACCAUCUGACUGUGGUGAAUGCUUUCACAGGCUGGGAAGAGACUCGUCGGCGUGGAUUCCGAACUGAAAAAGACUAUUGCUGGGAAUAUUUCCUGUCUCCAAAUACUCUCCAGAUGCUGCAUAACAUGAAAGGACAAUUUGCUGAGCAUCUGCUUGCAGCUGGGUUUGUGAACAGCAGAGACCCCAAGGAUCCCAAGUCUAAUACCAACUCAGAUAAUGAGAAGUUGCUCAAAGCUGUCAUCUGUGCUGGCUUGUAUCCAAAAGUUGCAAAGAUCCGGCCAAGCUUUAGCAAAAAGAGGAAAAUGGUGAAAGUUUGCACCAAGACAGAUGGAACAGUGAAUAUUCAUCCUAAAUCAGUUAAUGUGGAAGAAACAGAGUUCCAUUAUAACUGGCUGGUGUACCACUUGAAGAUGAGAACUAGCAGUAUAUACCUGUAUGAUUGUACAGAAGUGUCUCCAUACUGUCUGCUGUUCUUCGGAGGAGACAUAUCCAUUCAGAAGGAUAAAGAUCAGGACACCAUUGCUGUGGAUGAAUGGAUAGUUUUCCAGUCUCCGGCAAGAAUAGCACACUUAGUUAAGAAUUUAAGACAAGAGCUCGAUGAUCUUCUCCAAGAGAAAAUAGAGAACCCCCACCCUGUGGACUGGAACGAUACUAAAAGCAGGGACACAGCAGUUCUGACAGCUAUUAUAGACUUAAUCACCACCCAGGAGAAUGAAAGUGCCAGGAAUUUCGCUCCUCGAUUCCAGAGCGAGCGCUACAGCUGAUGCACUUCGGCUGUUGGUUCAAAGCGACAUCCCCUCUUUUGUUUGGUUGUUGAUAGCAGUUACUGAGCUGGAGGGAAGGCUGAGGGCAGCUCCUGCAGCAGCGUGUCUGUGUCUGCAUGUCUUCUGUGUCGCUUUUUAAAUAACAAAGCAGCAACGUUAGCAGCGUUAGUUGGUGUACGUUUGGUUCUGUCCCUCCUCUUAAGGUCCUGUGAGGCUGCAGCGUUCGUUCCUCAUCCACUGCAGCUGCUCCGGCAGCGGCUCCUGCUCCGCUUAAUGCAGAGCGCUCCCUCAGCUGUCGUCGAUGACGAGCGGCGGCUCUGCAGCGAGCAGCUCGUGCUGUGCGCGGUGCUGGGGAAGGAACGCUGCAGCGCGGCCCUCGUUCUGCCCCUUCCGUUCCUUCUGUGCCCCUCGGCGCCGAGCGGGACUCCGUUUCCAGUGGCGGUGGAAUCCGCCUUAAGGUUUCGUUGUGUUAAAUUGUUUUUUUUUUAUUCUGUCCGUGUCGCAUUAAAGGACUUCUCUCCCAGGCGCGGUGUCGGCUGCUCGCGGCGCGCGGCUGCAGGUGCGUUGAUUGCAGCGGGGCGGGGCUGCGUGCGCGGCUCCGACGGCACGAGAGGCGGCGGCGUUGAGGUGAGAGCUGCUGCGGGCAUCGGGCGGUGCGGGUGGCGGUGCGGGUGGCGGUGCGGGUGGCGGUGCGGGUGGCGGUGCGGGCCCUGCGCGUGGCCUCGGGCGGGGAGCGGCGCGACGCGCCGUGCGCUCCUGUGCGCCACCGGACUCCGCUCCGCCCCGCUGCCCUUUGGCGGCGCUCCCGGGGCUGCGCGCUGUUCUCCUGAGGCCGUUCGCGGAUCGGCGCGCCGUGCUGGGCUGCCCCGGGCUGCGGCUCCGAGGAAGGUUGGUGCGGUGCGGUGCUGCCCUUUUCCAUGGGCGCAGAGCCGGCCCUCUCGUUGAGCGAUGGAGGACCCGCUCAUUUUUCGGCUUCAAGGCCGCCUGCAGUGACUGGAGCGGUGCUUUCUAAAGAGCUCAGUAGAGACACGUUGUGUUGGUUAGGUUACAGGGGCGGCGUGGAGCGGGUGCGGGGCGCCGUAAAGACGCAGCGGAGUCAAUCGGUGCCGCUGCUCGGGGUUGGAAGCGCCGGUGCGGGCGCGGUUGGCGCUGCGGGGGCCCCGGGGCUGCGUCCCGCAAUGCGCGGCCGGCGGGGAGCUGCGACUGGGAGCCGCGAGCUUUGUGCUGAGCGUCAGCCGCAGCCCUGCGUGGGGAAGCGGCAUGAGGAAGGGUUGCAGAUCGGGCGUUAAUUUCUCAGCGGCAGACUCGGAGCUGGGAUGUCACGGCCUCGUGCUCACACAGCUGUGUCUGGCCGCUCAUCUGUGUGCAGUUCUGCUCUGAUAAAAGCCACCACGCCGGGCCCGAGGAGCAGUGCAGUGCUGGGUGGGGGCAGAGCAGAAGGGCUUAAUGCCGGCAGGGAGUUUCUGGUCCUUCUCUCUGAAAUCUCAGAGGCUCAUCUCAGAACUCCAUCAGAUAGACAGAACGGUGACUUCUUUAUGGGUAAUGAAAACACAGGGAGGUUGCUAGGAGGCAGAAACAAAAACCAGCAAACCCUCUGAAAAUGUGUUUGUACAAACUAAAGGAAAGCUUUGUCUUAAGGUGAACUGCUUGUUAUGAUGCCUUCAAUUUGAGAUGUCUGAGAGCACGGGGGGAAUUCAGACUGGCAUGAAAGCCAAAGGCUGUGAGCACUGCAGGCAGGAUGGCUGUUCUGGGCACAGCUACAGGCCUGGUGUUCUGUGUGUGGGAGAUGAUGGGUCCCAGGAUGGUGCUGGUGCUGUCAGCUGCUUGAAUAGAACCCUCAGUGCUUUUCAGGGGGUGCUGCUUUAUCAGGUCAGCAAAAACUCCCCUCUCCAUUUUUGUGAGUUUUGGUAAUCCUUUGUUUGGGCUCCUCACAGGUGGGUGCAAUCACACUGAUGAGGCAGCCCAAGUGUGGUGGCUGCACCUGAGCAGGGAAGGCAGAGCUAAAGGAUUCCCAGCCCGUGGCAGGAGGCAGGCAGAUGAGGCUGGCCCCAGUGGUCACUGCAGCCCCAAGCAGGGCAUCGGAGGAGCUCUGGGCUGGGCACCCCUCUGUGUGUUCCACUGCAGCUCCCUGCAGGGUGGCAGUGCUGGGUGUAUGUGGCCAGGCCUGGGGCAGGGGAGGGCUGUGCUGGAGAAGCAGCUGCAGCAAGAUGAAGGGAGCUGGCUGCUGGGCUUGGCUGCUACUGCUCAGCUGAAGGUGUGAUUUUAGUUGACACAUUGUCCUUCGGACACUGUGCUGAGUUACAAAUUGAAGUAGUCUUUCUGCAGUUAGUGUAGCUAUGUAAUGAACUGGAUACUUCCCAUCUCACUCUAACUGCUCUAUGCCAUGAACCCUUCCUAUCCUUCCCUCCUCCCUUGAAGGCACUGCUGGUGGAUCACACUGUAGAGGCACGCAGCGAAGGCAGGUGCCUGCUUUGCUCUUGUCCUCAGUGCUGUGGUUCCUUCAGACAAGUGACCUCAUCCCUAUAUAGCCCUGUGGCUUCUUGCCUUGCUCAGAGCUGAGCUGUUCUCCCACACCUGUGUGGUUCACUGCUCCAACUUCACACACCAUUGCCAGCAGGGAGGGCGGUGCUGAGACACACAGAACUUCUCUGACAAGAGUGGUGUUAAUGACCUGCACUUUAGUGCUCCAUGAAGAGAAACUGAGGCUGUAUUUUAGUAAGGAUUUUAUUGAUUGUUGUCCUCUAAAAUCAUAGAAGUCUUUGAUUCUUUAAGAACCGUGUCUGAGCAUAAGAAAAACGCUUUUAAAAACAUUACAGCACUUUUGGAAAAAACAGGUAUGAAAAAUAUAUACAGUGUAUUAAAAAUAUGAAUAAAAUUAAUGCCUGGGUUUAUACAUUCAGUUGUGUUAAACAUCUGCCUGUGUACAAUAAAUUCUUUGUUAAAAUAUUAGCAGUUUUUCUACUACGUUAAAUAAGACUCUGUUCAAUGUAUAAUCUGCUUCAUUACCAUUUUAUCAGUUCACUUCUUAUAAAUUAAUCCCAAAGGCUGGAAAGCUGCUGUCAGACUGCCAAAGGAAGCAUUUUUGUACAAAUGUCUUUCUAACAGCUUUUCAAUUGUUACAGAGGUAUAUAUUUAUAAACAAAGUUAUUCACACACCAGCAUGUUCCAUUCUAUGUAGAACAGUGUCCAGAACCUUUUAAAAACCACAAGGACUGACAGAAUGCCUGGUACUGCACCUGCAUGCUGAAGCCUGCUCUGUUAUCAGCUGGUCCAUAAAGAGAUGGAGAUUGCUAUACAAACUGUCACAUCUAUAUACAGAAAAGAGGAGCUGGAGUUAAGUUAACUGCGAGUGCUUUCUGUUCACACCAUAUUAACUAGUUCUUUUUUCAGUGGCAUUCCAAGGCUAAACUGCAGGUGCAAAAACAGGUGUUGUGUGAAGUGCAACUGUGACAGGUCUUCUCCAAAGCCAAGAAGAGUGUAUGUGAAGCAGCACCAGUCAGCGUUCCUCCACCCCAGGACUCCCCCUCCUGCUCAGGGGCAGGGGAGGACAGGGAUGUCCACUCUGCUUCCACACCUCUCCUUGCUGCUGCCCUGACUGUUCCUACACUGAAGGCACAGCAGCUUCAUCAGCCCCAUGGGUCUUAUUACUGCCCUUCUGGUUUUGCCUGUGGAUUCAGCGUGAUGCUAACAAAGAUACUCAGCGAUCUCAAGUUCAGUUGAACUUUUACCUCCACAGAAGGAAAUAACUCAUUUCCUCAGCAGAGCAAGAAGGAAGAAAUAAAAAAAACACAGGAAAAAGCACUUCAUGUUUACUGUAGGUCCCAUCCAGGCAAUAACUUAAUAUGAAGAUGUAACUCAGUACCUGGGAAAAACUAAAACCAGGCAGAUUUCCAGCAGUUAUACUGCUUUAAAACACCAGGAAACAGCCUGUGAGUGCAGGCAUCUCAGUUCUGAACCAUGGCACAGGUUGUUGAUGCUAGUGAGAAAAAAACCACAUUCCUAUGUUAUGUGUAUGGCUGUUUUUCUACAGCUUGAAUUAUUUUUAGUAGGAAGUAUUGAAAAAUGGCUCCAUCUUUAAAGGGGCAACCUAGCAAAAGAUAUUGGAAAAGCAAUUGCUGCCACAAAGGCAUCCAGAACUAGAAGAGCUUUUGGAGUGGAGACACGGGACAGAAUGGCCUCUGCAUUUGGCAAAAACUGGUUUCAGGAAAAUCUUCCUUGAGGAACAACAUAAGGCACAGGAGGACACUGGCAGAAGGACAUCAAAGGGCUCAAACUGUGUAUAUUAAUAUUGUUAAUGAAAACAAGCUCAAGGCUGACGGUCAUGCUAGAAAACGUAUCAGAGAAUGAGACAUUCAAUAUCUUUAUUUCGAAAAGCUGGUACCUCUUGCUUGCUUUCGCAAUUCCUUUCUGGAGCAGCAGGAAGAGAGCACAAGCUGUAUGAGUAACACCCAGCACCACCACACGAGGUAUGGCUGGUUCCUCUGGAGCUCGUGUCAGCUCCAGUAACUCAGAUUGGCAAUCUCACUGUGUGAGAAUGUGGCUCACCCUGGGCUGCUGGACAGGCAGUCCUUCAUCAAUUAUAUGCUGUUUAUUGUAGCUCAGGCUAAACACAGGUUUUGACAACACAGGGAAGUAUCCCAUUCAACAUCUCUUCUGGUUCUGGGAAUGUAAUACUGCAGUUUUUAGGAGCUGGAACUCCAUUCCCCCACUGUUAUGCUCCUGUUGUCCUUCCAGCUCAGUUGUAUGUAUUUAUUUGGUGAGCUUCUGGUAUUCAGGCUGCAACAGAGGGGUUUUAAAUUUGAAAGAAAGAAAGUAAAAAUGAUCAAGAAAACAGGUGGAGAAAGAAUACAAAUGGGUAUGAGGGAACCAAAGCUGAAAGGGAAAUCUCCUUUAAAAAAAAAAAAAAA